UAAUACUUCUGUCAAUGGAAAUAACGUGCCUAGUACACCUGGCAAGAUGCUCAGAGAUUAUAAUCUCACCCAAAUUAGUCGAGUAUUAAGUGAGGGGCUCGAAUAUGUUCGAUCACAAAGAGAAGAAAUUCGAUUAUUUGGAAGUUUGGGAAAGGUUUUAUUUACCAAAGUACCUCCAAAUGUUUCAAAUAAAUUAUGGGAUUUCUUGGAGUUAAAAGAUGUUAUUGUUGGCGAACAUGGAAUUUGUCCAUUAUAUAGGAAUCAUGGUAGAUCUUCCUUUUUUGAGAUUAACGCGAAUGCAAGAAAUUCUCCACAUGCUGGAUAUACACCUGUUUCUAUGUAUGUCAAUUGUGAUUUUGUAUCUCUGGAUAAAGUCACAAUGCAGUGGAAUCAUCUUGUUGAUGUUGAUUGGACAGUUUUGGAUCGUAAUUUCGAUUUUGAAAUAAGCUUGCAAUCGAGACGAGUUCUUCGUUCUGAUGUUAAACCGUUCACCACUUUCAUGAAAAAGGUUUCAGUCAGCCCGACGAACAAUGUGAUAACUUAUGAAAAUGUCACUGAUUUCCUUCACGUAAAAUCUAUCAAUUAUAAACAAGUUUCACGAUAUAUGCUACAUGAACCUUUCAUUGCGGAAUUGACCCGCAUUGAGCAAGUACCCAUUAGUGAGCAAACAACUCGUAAAAUUAUUGGAAAGACAGGUCAAGGUCCUUACUGGUAUACUAUUGAGGUUAUUAACGAUAAACACGACAAAUAUUUCAAGACUAACGAGUUUCUUGGCCCUGGUCAAGUCACAGAAUGGACCGUUGACAAUAUUAUUGGAGACGAUUCAUCGAAACUUCACCUCAUUGAAUAUGUAAAAGCUAUGCUCUUAUUAGUUGAACGCUGCCAUAAGCCUGUGGAACAACAUAAAGAAGAAUUAAAGAAGAAGGAUAGUAUGAAAAAGUUCCAAGAGUUAGGACAGCAACUUAAAAAU